GAACUUUGUCAACAUGGUCGUGCUGCGGCAGAGCCUGGUGCGCGAGCCUGCUGCAGGAGUGCGCAAGCUGGCGGACGGGACACGACGGGCAGCGAGGGCGCGCGUCCGCCACCGCCCGACGUGGCAGCUGAUCGACCUACUGGAGCGGUGCCGGCACGCGCAGGCCACCGACCCGCGAGACUACGUGUACGCGCUGCUGGGGCUGUCGGUCGACGAGGCCGAGGGCCAGCUGCAGCGCACCGGCACCGCGGUUCCCGACUACACGGAGCCGGCGACGCAGACUUUUGUGCGCUACGCCGAGCACACGGUGAUGAUGGGCGGCGCCAUCAAGCUGCUGUACAGCGCAGCAGCCAACAUCGGCAUCCGUGGCGGCGGCGGCGGUGUGCCGUCGUGGGUCCCGGAUUGGUCCGUCCGUGGCGGACCGCUGCAUGUGCUGUCGCCGCGUGAUGACGGCGGCGUAAACAAGUACUACGCGGCAGGAAGCCUGGGCGCGUUGCCGGCACGGGUGCGUGUGAGUCCCGCCACCGGCUGGCUCGAGGUCGGGGGUGUCGUGGCUGGGCGCGUGGCACGCCUUGGCGCGGCGGCGGCCGAGCCCGGGCCCGCCGACCCGGCUCGGUUCAAGUCCGUGUACCACCGCGACCUGGACGCGGUGGCGCGGGGGGCCAUGCAGCUCGAGGAGUUCCUCGCCUCAGACAUGCGGACCAGCCCCCCGCACCUCGAGUACGUCUGGCGCACGCUCUGCUGCGAUGUCGACCUGCACACGGGCGAAGACAUACUGCGUGCCGCCCGGGGGGUGCCGGUUAACGAGGGUGGUAGGAGCGCCAUGAUUGAUGGCUUUGAUGCCGUGCGGCAGAUCUGGCCGGCCUGGCGGGCUGUUUUUGGGAGUGGCGACGACGGCCCUUUGGACGGUUUAGAUCAAGAAGACGAGGCGAUCCUGGUGGAGCAUAUCGGACUGCUGCAGGGGCGGACGUCCGACUACCUGAUGGCGACGGCGCCUCUGUGCCUUGGUCGGCGUGUGGCCGUGCUGGACGACGGCCGCCUGGCCCAGGUCCCGCCCGCCUCUGAGCCCGGCGACGUCGUGUUCGUGCCCUUCGGCUCAGCCGUCCCAUUUGCGCUCCGCCCGUUCGGUCAGGAUAGAGGCGGCAGGCCGCCAUUCCGCCUCCUCGGCGAGUGCUAUGUCCACAGCGUCAUGAGAGGGGAGCUGCUGAUCGAGGGGCGGAAGGCCGAAGACGUUGUCCUGGCUUGAAGGCUUGAAUGCUUGGAAUUGAAACGAUACAACUUUUAGUACGGGUAUAUUGUUUGAAUUGGCUUGAAAUAUUUCCCGUGCCUACCUGACCUACCUUUCAUAGGACGCCGUUGAAUACCUAAUACCUCCCCCUACCUGGUAUCAUGUGUGUGUGGAUGCGCAAAGCAGUUACUCAUAACCCGAGUCGCUUGCCGAGAGCCAUUGAAAGUUUCAAGCACACUCAACUCGACUUAAAGUAUCAAUAGGAUAUCCCCACCUGGCCUUCAAUACGUAACCUCAGCUUUGCAUUG